CGCCCACCGUAAUCUGACAUGACCUUCGGACAACUCGACGAACUAAAAGCUCUUUGCGCACGCGCCCUUGCUGCGAAGAAGCGCUCCGGCUCUGUGCAUCCGCAUGGUGCGACAUGCGGCACACAGCCCCGAAUCUGUGAUCUCAUACUGUGGUGACGGCUGUCGCAUCCGUUCGAACGGCAUGAAGCGUGCUCGGUCAUGCAACGACGGAUAUGCAUCACGAAUACUCGAGGUCGAAGGAUCACUCGGGUGUGUGCAUUGUGUGUUGCGAACUUUGGACUCGAUCAGCCCACACAGUUCCAGACCCGAAUCACUCGUCGUCUCGAGAUCAGAGCUGAUCGGAAGCAAGGCGGACUUGCGGAACAAGAGGAAUCACCGGUUGUGCUUAAGAUAGCGCAACGACAUUGCGAACAGUUGUCUUCGACGAUAGUGGUUUUGCCGUGUGCAAGAUCAUGCGGUUCUUUUGGUGCAGCAUGUGCAUUCGCAUUAGCCUGCUCGUCGACGUUCUGCUAUAUAAACAUGGAGGUCCUGCAUGAAUUCUCCAGCUCACCUCGAGUCGACUUCGUACAGGAUGCCUGCCAAGUUCUCCCUCUUCUUCGUUUCCCUCAUCUCUGUCGCUGUCGCCAGCCCGGCCUUCAAGAACUUCAUUGUUCAGGAGUCCAAGCCUAGUGCACCGGCGGGCUUCGUUAGCCUCGGUCCGGCUGACGAUUCCACUGUCUUGAACAUCCGCAUUGGACUUCCCUCCAGCAACGUUGCUGGUCUCGAGGCUGCUCUCUUGGACGUCAGCACCCCGACUAGCUCCAACUACGGUCACCAUCUCUCCAAGUCUGAGGUAGAUGCUUUCCUUGCCCCGACCAGUGAGGCUUCUUCAGCCGUCAACGCCUGGCUUGCAGCGCACGGCCUGACGGCCACCGCUUCGACCACCGCUGGUGACUGGCUCUCCGUUGCAGUGCCUGUUUCGAAGGCCAACGAGCUGCUGAACGCCAAGUACGAGACAUUCCAGCACACCCAGUCGGGCAAGACCUACCCGCGCACGCUCGAGUACUCCGUCCCCUCCGAGGUCGCCGACUACGUGUUCACCCUGCACCCGGCCACGACAUUCAACAACCCGGUCCCCAUGGCCCCUGUCCUCUCGACCCCGAAGCCCAACGCCAACGUCUCGACCGAUGCGGCCGCGGCCUGCACGUCGAGUGUCUUCCCCGCUUGCCUGCGGACCCAGUACGGCAUUCCCUCGACGCCGGCGACGGAGUCCUCCAACAGCAUCGCUGUCGCUGGAUUCAUCGACCAGUACGCGCAGAAGGCCGACUUGAAGUCCUUCCUGACGAGGUACCGGACCGACAUGAGCUCGUCCACGACCUUCACCCUGCAGACGCUCGACAGUGGCUCCAACCCCCAGGGUGCUAGCAGGGCCGGUAUCGAGGCCAACCUCGACGUCCAGUACACUGUUGGCAUCGCCACGGACGUUCCGAUCUCGUUCGUGUCGGUGGGAGACAACUACCAGGAUGGAAACCUGGGCGGUUUCCUCGACAUCGUCAACUUCCUUUCGUCGGAGAGCACCGUCCCGCAGGUCAUGACCACCUCGUACGGCGAGAACGAGACUGACAUGUCCAAGUCUCUUGCCUUCAAACUCUGCACAGCCUACGCUGCGUUCGGCGCUCGCGGAAGUUCCGUUCUGUUCGCGUCUGGCGAUGGUGGUGUCGAGGGUGGCCAGUCCCAAAGCUGCUCCAAGUACCAGGCUGCGUUCCCUGCCGGAUGCCCCUACCUCACUGCCGUCGGAUCCGUCACUGGCUCUGCUCCCGAGACCGCCUCGACGUUCUCCAGCGGCGGUUUCUCCAACUACUGGGGCACUCCCAGCUACCAAUCGUCCGCCGUCUCCGCCUUCUUGAAGGCACAGGGCAGCACCAACUCUGGACUUUUCAACUCUUCGGGCCGUGGCUACCCAGACGUCUCUGCGCAGGGCGAGAACGUGCAGAUCUACUCUGGCGGGUCUCUGGAAGGUGUCGACGGAACCUCCUGCUCAUCACCCAUCUUCGCCUCGGUCAUCUCUCUCAUCAACGACAAGCUGAUCGCCGCUGGCAACGCCCCGCUCGGAUUCCUCAACCCGUGGCUGUACGCUAACCCGAGCAUGCUCAACGAUGUCACGCACGGCAGCAACCCGGGAUGCGGCCACGCCGGCUUUAAGGCUGUGUCUGGGUGGGAUCCUGUCACUGGUCUCGGAUCCCCCAACUACGCGAAGAUGUUGGCGGCAGCAGGCCUCUAGUAGAAUAACGCCCACUCAAAAACUUGUACUCAUUAAUCAUAUUGGCAAUCAUAUCGGGCGCUGUAUUGGACCGUCACAGAAA